CUCUCGGCGAGAAGAGUCGCGCUCUCGUUGGAUUUUGCUCAAACGCACCAAUCCAAAAUCCACCGAACGGAGCCAGCAUCCAUCUCCCGUCGCCCAAACGACGUCGCUGUUGGUUGUGCUGUUUGUCCCAGUCGUGCUAGCAUCGUGUUGCCAUGAGUCGCUUGGCCAGAUCGGUUUCUUGGUCGUCUCAAAUGGCCGGUCGCCUGCCCCGGCCACAGCUCGUGGCCAUCCAGGCCCCUGCGCUGUCGAUACUGCCAGAGACCCGACGUCCUGCGUCUCGACGCCAGAUGUCGUCCCAAAUACCAACGAGCCCGGCGACGCCCCUACAGCCCAGCGCACUCCGCCCAACCAUCGACUCGGUCGUGGCCACCUUCCUGCGAAACUCCAUCCCGAAUCGGGGCAUCAUCGUUACUAGGUUCUCAUUCGACACAUACAAAUUGGUCAAGCAGCUCGAGCGACAGGGCUUCAAGCGGUCUCAGGCCGUUGCCAUAAUGCGCAUUAUCAAUGCGAUACUUUUGGAAAGCACCAUGGACAUCCGCUCGAAGCUUCUCUCCAAGACCGAGCUCGAGAAUGAGUCUUACCUGUACAAAGCGGAUCUUCAAGAGCUUCGGAACGAACUUCAGCUGCUGCGCCAGAACGACACGGCUAAUCUCAAGACCGAUAGCGAGGCUAUCUUGCGAGACAUCGAGGCGCUCAACCAAAAGUUCGCCGACAAGAUCGCCUCGCUCAAGAGCGAGGUUGCAAUCGACAUGAACAUUCACAAGUCCGAGAGCCGCGAACACGGCAUGGAUCUCAAUCUGCGAAUGCAAGAGAUCAACCACAAGCUGGUCCUACGUAUCAGCGAUCUCAAAACAAACAUCGAAACCAUGAAGAUCGACACGACUCGUAUGAUCGUUUGGUAUCUACUGCUCACUCUGAGCGUGCUCAUCGGCGUGGACUACCUCCUUGCCUUGGGGACUGAGAAGGAGAAGCACAAGCCGGCCACCAGUGGCUUUUCAGGCAUCAACGACUUGAUCGAUGAAGGUGUUCGCCACAUUGUCAUUGAGACCGCAUCGCACAAGGAAUAGAGGGCCGAUUCCACCGGUAUCUGGCAUCAAGACGCAUAAGCCCGCGAACCAAUGGCUUGUUUGAAUUCCAGGGUGCGACUGUUCCGACUGCUGAUCCCGGGGUACCCUGGCUCGUCGCUCAGUACUGGUACAGCGGAAAUCCCGAGACAGCCCACAGUGCACUUUGGAUACAGCGGCGUGGGCGAAAUGAAGCGAGAUGCCCUGUG